GUAGCUUUGCUUUAGACUGAGUCUAUGGCUACAGAAGAUGACACAGUUGAGACUCAGUGGCUCAAGUUGGACAAGGCAAACAAGAAUGAUAGGGUUGAUAUGAUAAGGAAAAUUGUUAAACAAGGAACAGAAGAAAAGGAUAAAUUGGGACGAACUUUACUUCAUUAUGCUGCUCAUCAUGGCAACUGCGAUGUGGUUGAUCUUUUCCUGGACAACAACGCAGAUGUCGAUGCUUUAGACAAGAACAGCAAGAGACCUUUUGAUUUAGCAAUGAGAAACAGCCACUUUUCUGCAGCCGGUCGGUUGGUACUGGCAAUGCAUUUUGUUGAGCUUUUUGCAUUUGAGGUGAUUACAGUUAAUUCUAAGGCAUAA